UCAUCCGUGGAUAACGAACCGGAGGAGCCGGGGGGGUGGGGGGAGCCCGGUCCCGGCGGGGAGGAGGCGAUGCAGACGCCGCUGGAUCAGCGCUCCAGGAGCCGGCACGGAGCGCAGCGCCGGCCGCAUCCAACUCCCCUGAGGCACAGGAUGAGGACCCUCGCUUCCUGCCUGGCCCUGUGGCUCCUCUGCCAGCUGCCUGCCCUUGCUUGCGGGACGCGUGUGGUCUACAAAGUGCAGGAGGAGCAGCCCCCCAACACACUCAUCGGCAGCCUGGCCUCUGACUACGGCUUCCCCGACGUGGGGCACCUCUACAAGCUGGAAGUGGGGGCCCCGUACCUGCGUGUGGAUGGCAAAACAGGAGACAUCUACACCACAGAGACCUCCAUCGACCGGGAGAGUUUGCGUGAAUGCCAGCACCUGCUGCCCGGAGAGCCCUGCUACCUGGAGUUCGAAGUGUCCAUCACUGACCUGAUCCAGAACAACAGCCCGCGCCUGCUGGAGGGGCAGAUCGAAGUGCUUGACAUCAAUGACAACACCCCCAACUUCGCCUCACCUGUCCUCACCCUGACCAUCCCUGAGAACACCAAUAUCGGGGCUCUCUUUUCCAUCCCUCCAGCCAUGGACCGGGACUCGGGGCCCAACGGCGUUGCCUCCUAUGAGCUACUGGCUGGCCCUGAGGCACAGGAACUCUUUGGGCUGCAGGUAGCUGAGGACCAGGAGGAGAAGCAGCCACAGCUGAUCGUUAUGGGAAACCUGGACCGGGAGCAGUGGGACUCCUAUGACCUGACCAUCAAGGUGCAGGAUGGGGGCAACCCGCCACGGGCCAGCAGUGCAUUGCUGCGCAUCACCAUCGUGGACAUGAAUGACAAUGCACCCAAGUUUGAGAAGGCCCUCUACGAGGCUGAGCUGUCUGAAAACAGUCCCGUGGGGCACUCCGUCAUCCAGGUGAAGGCCAAUGACUCGGACCAGGGUGCCAAUGCCGAGAUUGACUACUCCUUCCACCAAGCAUCAGAUAUGGUGCGCCGGCUGCUGCGCCUGGAUCGCAACACAGGGCUCAUUACUGUCCAGGGGCCCAUUGACCGUGAGGAUGUCAGCACCCUCAAGUUCUCCGUCAUGGCCAAAGACAAGGGGGCUAACCCCAAGAGUGCCCGCACACAGGUAGUGGUCACCAUCAAGGACAUGAAUGACAACGCACCCUCUAUAGAAAUUCGGGGCAUUGGGUUGGUCACCCACCAGGAUGGCAUGGCAAAUAUCUCGGAGGAUGUACCAGUAGAGACAGCAGUGGCUCUGGUACAGGUGUCCGAUCGAGAUGAGGGUGAGAAUGCUGUGGUGACCUGUGUGGUGGCUGGGGACGUCCCCUUCCAGCUGCGGCAGGCUAGUGAAACAGGGAGCGACAGCAAGAAGAAAUACUUCCUGCAGACUACCACACCUCUGGACUAUGAGUCGGUGAAGGACUACACAAUCGAGAUUGUGGCAGUGGACUCGGGGAACCCGCCCCUUUCCAGCACCAAUUCGCUGAAGGUGCAGGUAGUAGAUGUGAAUGACAAUGCGCCCGUCUUCAGCCAGAGCUUCACCGAGGUAGCCUUCCCUGAGAACAACGAGCCCAAUGACCUAGUGAUGGAGGUGAGUGCCAGUGAUGCAGACAGUGGCUCCAAUGCCAAGCUGGUUUACUCACUGGUGACCGACCCAUCCUCCAAGGACUCCUUCACCAUCGAUCCUGACUCCGGAGAGAUUCGAGUGAAAGCGGUGCUGGAUCGUGAGCAGCGGGAGCGCUACGAGUUCUUGGUGGUGGCAGCAGACAAGGGCAGCCCCAGCCUGAAGGGCACAGCGUCGGUGGCCAUCAAUGUCAUGGAUAGGAAUGACAACGACCCCAAGUUCAUGCUGAGCGGCUACAACUUCUCGGUGAUGGAGAACAUGCCACCCCUCAGCCCCGUGGGCAUGGUGACGGUGAUCGAUGCUGACAAAGGAGAAAAUGCCCGAAUCCAGCUGUCUGUAGAGCAAGACAAUGGGGAUUUUGUCAUCCAGAAUGGCACUGGCACCAUUCUCUCCAGCAUCUCUUUUGACCGGGAGCAGCAAAGUACGUACACUUUCCGACUCAAGGCUGUGGACGGUGGGGAUCCACCCAGGUCUGCCUACGUAGGGGUAACCAUCAAUGUCUUGGAUGAGAAUGAUAAUGCUCCCUUCAUCACCUCGCCCUCCAAUGCCACCUACAAGCACAUUCUGCCCCACACUAGCCCUGGCCAGCAGGUGAGCAAGGUCAAGGCAGAGGACAUCGACACCGGCGUCAAUGCCGAGCUGACCUACAGCAUCACAGGAGGCAACCCCUUUGAGCUCUUCCAGAUCUCCCCCCAAAGUGGAGACAUCACACUGGAGAAGGAGAUCCUGCGCAAGCAUCAUGGCCUGCACCGCUUGGUUGUGCGUGUCAAUGACAAGGGCAAGCCGUCACGGCACGGCACGGCCCUGGUGCACUUCUAUGUCAACGAGACUUUGGCCAAUCGCACACUGCUGGACACGCUGGUGGGGCACAGCCUGGACACACCACUUGACAUAGACAUUGCUGGGGACCCCGAGUAUGAGCGCAGCAAGCAGAGAAGUAACAUUCUCUUUGGAGUCAUUGCUGGCAUUGUGGCUGUCACCUUGGUCAUUGUGCUGGUUGUCCUGGUGCGUUACUGCCGACAGCGGGAGGCCAAGAGUGGCUACCAGGCAGGGAAGAAAGAGACCAAAGACCUGUAUGCGCCCAAGCAGGCCAGCAAGAGUGGCAAGAGCAAGAACAAGGUGAAGAAGAGCAAGUCUCCGAAGCCACCCAAACCAACAGAGGAUGAGGAGGAGACAGGGCUGCAGAAAUCCCUCAAGUUCAACCUGAUGAAUGACUCUGUCAGUGACAGCCCCCGUAUCCACCUGCCCCUCAACUACCCACCGGGCAGCCCGGACCUGGGCCGGCACUACCGCUCCAACUCACCCCUGCCUUCCAUCCAGCUGCAGCCCCAGUCUCCCUCUGCCUCCAAGAAGCACCAAGUGGUGCAGGACCUGCCGGCCACCAACACCUUUGUUGGCACCGGGGACAACAACUCAACGGGCUCCGAGCAGUACUCGGACUACAGCUACCGCACCAAUCCCCAGAAAUACACCAACAAGCAGUUACCUCAUCGCCGAGUGACAUUCUCUGCAGCCAGCCAGGCCCAGGACCUACAGGACCCCUCCCAGCACAGCUACUAUGACAGCGGGCUUGAGGAGUCGGAGACUCCCAGCAGCAAAUCAUCAUCGGGGCCCCGCAUUGGGCCACUGGCUCUGCCCGAGGACCACUAUGAGCGUACCACGCCUGAUGGCAGCAUUGGAGAGAUGGAGCACCCUGAGAAUGGUAGGUGCUGACAGCACCCGUGUCUCUGCCCACCCCGGGGACCCUGCACCCAGGGCUCUUUAGACUCUGUGCCUUGGUCAGAUAGGCUCCCACGUGCAGCUUGGCAGGGCUGGGAGGCUAAAAGCGAAGGAGCAACAAAGGCAUGGUGGGGUGGGGAGAGGUGAGGGGAUGCCAGGAGGUGGAAGGACCAGGAGGCAGUUCUAACAGCAUGAUAGGGGGCCCAAAAGACUGUUCUGAGGAUGCAGCAUGAACAUAAGCACACAGAGGGGCUGCCCAUGCUGAGUCUGUGGACAGAAGGUCCUGUGGUGCCUACCCCAAGGCAGAGGGCAGGGGUAUUGGGUUGUGCUCAUCUCCAUGCUGU